AUGAAAGACAGUGAAAUCACAAAGUUUUUGGUAUCAUUUACGGGCCAGAUCGAAUAUGUGACUUUUCCUGGUGGUGUAUUUGAUGAUCUAUUGUAUAUACAGUAUGAAACAGUUUGGGGACCCGACUGGGAGCCAGUUGCUGGUCUUACAUCUGGCUCCAGUCAAAUGGCGCGUUGUGGGAUUGAUCCCGAAAGAGUUGUGUUUAAUUUACCUUUAGAAAUGGUUUUCAGUAGUACUAAUGUAUCGGGUUGGCCACAGAUAAUUAUUUCGGUGAAGGCUCAGAACACAAUAUUUGGAGAUGCCUUACGGGGCUAUUCUUUAUUUCUGUUGCCGCCUACGACAGGCAUGAGCUUGGCCUCAACCCCCCUUCUUAGACCUCUAGCUGCCACACUACUUGGUGACUGGCUUGCUUGGAUCACUGGACGAUACCCUGAACUAUCAGAUCCGAAAAUGUUAGCUAGUGGAAAAGAUAACUACUUGCUAAGGACGGAGUCCUAUGGUACUGUGGCAGUUUCGUUGUCUAUGGUGUCGAAAGAUCUACGGAAACUGGGUUAUGAUAAUCAACCACCUGUUUAUAAAGUAGUUUCUGAUUCUUGA